UAACGGCAGUGCAGAAGAAGCUGAGUUGAGAACGUAUCGAUUUUUAUGAUCGUAGUGUCCGUGUUCUUAGUUUUAGUGCCGUUCUGUGCAAAAGUUUUGAAUGGGAUAUUUUUAUAAAAUUGGGAAAAGUCACAGUGUGUGAGUUUUAUUGUUUAGAAAAUGACGAAGGAUAGAUUGGCGGCCCUCGUAGCGGCGCAAAGCGAUGAUGAUGAUGUGGGCCCAGAUGAUGUUUCCGUUAACGUCGAAGGAGGUUUUAUGGACGAGUUUUUUGCAGAGGUGGAGGAGAUACGUGAGAUGAUAGACAAGAUACAGGCAAAUGUCGAAGAAGUCAAAAAGAAACAUAGCGCCAUCUUGUCUGCGCCGCAAAGUGAUGAAAAGACAAAACAAGAACUGGAAGAUUUAAUGGCAGACAUAAAGAAAACUGCUAAUAAAGUUCGUGCCAAAUUAAAGGCAAUAGAACAAAAUAUUGAAACAGAGGAACAGACAAACAAAUCAUCCGCAGACCUCAGGAUACGGAAAACACAACAUUCAACACUGUCCAGAAAAUUUGUGGAAGUUAUGACGGAAUAUAAUCGCACACAAACAGACUACAGGGAACGGUGUAAAGGACGGAUACAACGUCAAUUGGAAAUUACGGGUAGAACAACAACAAAUGAAGAAUUGGAAGAAAUGUUAGAACAAGGAAAUCCAGCUGUAUUUACACAAGGCAUAAUAAUGGAAACACAACAAGCUAAACAAACUCUAGCAGAUAUAGAAGCCAGACAUGCCGAUAUUAUUAAAUUAGAAAAUUCCAUUCGUGAACUUCAUGAUAUGUUUAUGGAUAUGGCUAUGUUGGUUGAAAAUCAGGGUGAAAUGAUUGACAGAAUAGAGUAUCAUGUUAGUCAAACGACAAAUUAUGUUGAAGAAGGUCGUACACAAUUAACAAAAGCAGAAGGAUAUCAAACUAAAGCGCGUAAGAAAAAGAUCCUGAUCAUAAUCUGCAUCAUAAUUGCUAUUGCCAUUUUGGUUAUCAUUUUAGCAUCCGCUUUCGGAUGAUUCAAUCCACCGCAAACACGCUAGUCGUAAUUAAAUCCAAAUAGCAAAUAAUUAUUUUUGUUUAAGUAUAAUUUUUGUUUUGUUAAUUUUUUUGUUUAGUUAAAAAACAAAUUUUUUUUAUGUUGUAAUUUACACACAUUUAAAACGAUUGUAAAUAUCGUAUUUUUAAAUUUAUUUUAAAUAUCACAGAUUAAAAAUAAUUUAGUCAUUUACCAAAGAAAAAUUAUUUUUAAAUUAUUUUUUUCGAUAAAACAUUCACUACAAAAAGGUCAGUAUUUUCUUUUACUGAUUAAAGAAGAAAUCCCAAAAUUUAUUUAAAGGUUGUGAAAGUUUUAUUGUAGGUUAUAUUUUUUUGUGUAAAUUUUUAAUCUGUGAUUUUGAAAUUAUGAUGUUAAGUAGCAGUGCAGUCUUGUGCUAAAAUUUAGCUGUGCUAUUAAUUUUGACCGGGAAGUUCACUUCUUUCAUUAAAAUUCAUGUAAAAUUAUCUAUUAAACUGUAAUAAUGGCAUUAAAAAUAUUUGUAAAUAUAUAUUUAAAUAAUAUA